GCUCACAGUCUCCGCCACCCACCAGCUCCAGCACCAGCAGCAGCGCCGGCGCCACCGCCCACCUUCUGCUGUCGCCGCCGCCACAACCACCUUCCCCUCCGCUGUCCUCUUCUGUCCUCGCCUCCUGUCGAUUAUCAGGCUUUGAAGCAGCAUGGCUGAACCCCGCCAGGAGUUUGACACAAUGGAAGACCAGGCCGGAGAUUACACUAUGCUCCAAGACCAAGAAGGAGACAUGGACCAUGGCUUAAAAGAGUCUCCCCCACAGCCCCCAGCCGAUGAUGGAUCAGAAGAACCAGGGUCGGAGACCUCUGAUGCUAAGAGCACUCCAACUGCUGAAGACGUGACUGCGCCCCUAGUGGAAGAGAGAGCUCCCGACAAGCAGGCGACUGCCCAGUCCCACACGGAGAUCCCAGAAGGCACCACAGCUGAAGAAGCAGGCAUCGGAGACACCCCGAACAUGGAGGACCAAGCUGCUGGGCAUGUGACUCAAGAACCGCAGAAGGUCGAGAUUUUCUCACAAAGUUUGCUUGUCGAACCAGGGCGUCGUGAAGGCCAGGCCCCAGAUUCAGGGAUCUCAGACUGGACCCACCAACAGGUGCCUAGCAUGUCUGGGGCUCCCCUCCCGCCACAAGGCCUCAGAGAGGCUACACACCAACCUUUGGGAACAAGACCUGAGGAUGUAGAGAGAAGUCACCCGGCCUCUGAGCUGCUGUGGCAAGAGUCACCUCAGAAGGAAGCCUGGGGCAAAGACAGGCUGGGAAGUGAGGAGGAGGUGGACGAAGACAUCACCAUGGAUGAAUCGUCCCAGGAAUCCCCUCCCUCCCAAGCCUCCCUGGCCCCUGGCACGGCCACCCCUCAGGCCCGCUCCGUUUCUGCUUCCGGGGUCUCUGGGGAGACCACUAGCAUCCCUGGAUUCCCAGCUGAGGGUUCCAUCCCACUUCCUGCUGAUUUCUUCUCCAAAGUCUCCGCAGAGACCCAGGCCUCACCGCCAGAAGGGCCUGGCACGGGGCCCUCGGAGGAAGGGCACGAGGCUGCCCCUGAGUUCACAUUCCACGUGGAAAUCAAAGCCAGCGCGCCGAAGGAACAGGAUUUGGAAGGGGCUACAGUGGUGGGGGCCCCUGCAGAGGAGCAAAAGGCCCGAGGCCCCUCUGUGGGAAAGGGCACGAAAGAGGCUAGCCUUCUGGAACCAACUGACAAGCAACCUGCAGCCGGCCUGCCAGGAAGGCCAGUCAGUCGGGUUCCUCAACUUAAAGCUCGAGUGGCCGGCGUAAGCAAAGACAGGACAGGAAAUGACGAGAAGAAAGCCAAGACAUCCACACCUUCCUGUGCUAAAACCCCGAGCAAUAGGCCUUGCCUUAGCCCCACACGUCCCACUCCUGGUAGCUCAGACCCUUUGAUCAAACCCUCCAGCCCUGCCGUGUGCCCUGAGCCAGCCACCUCUCCUAAAUACGUCUCUUCUGUCACACCCCGAAAUGGCAGUCCUGGAACAAAGCAGAUGAAACUCAAGGGCGCCGAUGGCAAAACGGGGGCGAAGAUCGCCACACCUCGGGGAGCAGCCACUCCGGGCCAGAAAGGCACAUCCAAUGCCACCAGGAUCCCAGCCAAGACCACACCCAGCCCAAAGACUCCUCCAGGAUCAGCUUCCAAGCAACCGCAGAGAAAACUACCCCCUGCAGGGGCAAAAACUGAGAGAGGUGAACCACCAAAAUCCGGAGAACGAAGCGGCUACAGCAGCCCCGGCUCGCCCGGAACCCCUGGCAGUCGCUCCCGUACCCCAUCCCUACCAACGCCGCCCACCCGAGAGCCCAAAAAGGUGGCAGUGGUUCGCACUCCCCCUAAGUCACCGUCUGCCAGUAAGAGCCGCCUACAGACUGCCCCUGUGCCCAUGCCAGACCUAAAGAACGUCAGGUCCAAGAUUGGCUCCACUGAGAACCUGAAGCACCAGCCGGGAGGCGGCAAGGUGCAGAUAAUUAAUAAGAAGCUGGAUCUUAGCAACGUCCAGUCCAAGUGUGGCUCAAAGGACAAUAUCAAACACGUCCCGGGCGGAGGCAGUGUGCAAAUAGUCUACAAGCCAGUGGACCUGAGCAAGGUGACCUCCAAGUGUGGUUCCUUAGGGAACAUCCAUCACAAGCCAGGAGGUGGCCAGGUAGAAGUAAAAUCAGAGAAGCUGGACUUCAAGGAUAGAGUCCAGUCGAAGAUUGGCUCCUUGGAUAACAUCACCCAUGUCCCUGGAGGAGGGAAUAAGAAGAUUGAAACCCACAAGCUGACCUUCAGGGAGAAUGCCAAAGCCAAGACAGACCAUGGAGCAGAAAUCGUGUACAAGUCACCUGUGGUGUCUGGGGACACAUCUCCACGGCACCUCAGCAACGUCUCCUCCACGGGCAGCAUCGACAUGGUGGACUCUCCACAGCUUGCCACGUUAGCCGAUGAAGUGUCCGCCUCUUUGGCCAAGCAGGGUUUGUGAUCAGGCCCCUGGGGCCGUCACUGAUCAUGGAGAGAAGAGAGAGUGAGAGUGUGGAAAAAAAAAAAAAAAAAAGAAUGACCUGGCCCCUCACCCUCUGCCCUCCCCGCUGCUCCUCAUAGACAGGCUGACCAGCUUGUCACCUAACCUGCUUUUGUGGCUCGGGUUUGGCUCGGGACUUCAAAAUCAGUGAUGGGAAAAAGUAAAUUUCAUCUUUCCAAAUUGAUUUGUGGGCUAGUAAUAAAAUAUUUUUAAGGAAGGAAAAAAAAAAAAACACGUAAAACCAUGGCCAAACAAAACCCAACAUUUCCUUGGCAAUUGUUAUUGACCCCGCCCCCCCCCUCUGAGUUUUAGAGGGUGAAGGAGGCUUUGGAUGGAGGCUGCUUCUGGGGAUUGGCUGAGGGACUAGGGCAACUAAUUGCCCACAGCCCCAUCUUAGGGGCAUCAGGGACAGCGGCAGCAAUGAAAGACUUGGGACUUGGUGUGUUUGUGGAGCCGUAGGCAGGUGAUGUUAACUUUGUGUGGGUUUGAGGGAGGACUGUGAUAGUGAAGGCUGAGAGAUGGGUGGGCUGGGAGUCAGAGGAGAGAGGUGAGGAAGACAGGUUGGGAGAGGGGACAUUGGCUCCUUGCCAAGGAGCUUGGGAAGCACAGGUAGCCCUGGCUGCCUGCAGCAGUCUUAGCUAGCACAGAUGCCUGCCUGAGAAAGCACAGUGGGGUACAGUGGGUGUGUGUGCCCCUUCUGAAGGGCAGCCCAUGGGAGAAGGGGUAUUGGGCAGAAGGAAGGUAGGCCAGAAGGUGGCACCUUGUAGAUUGGUUCUCUGAAGGCUGACCUUGCCAUCCCAGGGCACUGGCUCCCACCCUCCAGGGAGGGAGGUCCUGAGCUGAGGAGCUUCCCUUUGCUCUCACAGGAAAACCUGUGUUACUGAGUUCUGAAGUUUGGAACUACAGCCAUGAUUUUGGCCACCAUACAGACCUGGGACUUUAGGGCUAACCAGUUCUUUGUAAGGACUUGUGCCUCUUGCGGGAACAUCUGCCUGUUCUCAAGCCUGGUCCUCUGGCACUUCUGCAGUGUGAGGGAUGGGGGUGGUAUUCUGGGAUGUGGGUCCCAGGCCUCCCAUCCCUCGCACAGCCACUGUAUCCCCUCUACCUGUCCUAUCAUGCCCACGUCUGCCAUGAGAGCCAGUCACUGCCGUCCGUACAUCACGUCUCACCGUCCUGAGUGCCCAGCCUCCCCAAGCCCCAUCCCUGGCCCCUGGGUAGUUAUGGCCAAUAUCUGCUCUACACUAGGGGUUGGAGUCCAGGGAAGGCAAAGAUUUGGGCCUUGGUCUCUAGUCCUACGUUGCACGAAUCCAACCAGUGUGCCUCCCACAAGGAACCUUACAACCUUGUUUGGUUUGCUCCAUCAUUUCCCAUCGUGGAUGGGAGUCCGUGUGUGCCUGGAGAUUACCCUGGACACCUCUGCUUUUUUUUUUUUACUUUAGCGGUUGCCUCCUAGGCCUGACUCCUUCCCAUGUUGAACUGGAGGCAGCCACGUUAGGUGUCAAUGUCCUGGCAUCAGUAUGAACAGUCAGUAGUCCCAGGGCAGGGCCACACUUCUCCCAUCUUCUGCUUCCACCCCAGCUUGUGAUUGCUAGCCUCCCAGAGCUCAGCCGCCAUUAAGUCCCCAUGCACGUAAUCAGCCCUUCAUACCCCAAUUUGGGGAACAUACCCCUUGAUUGAAAUGUUUUCCCUCCAGUCCUAUGGAAGCGGUGCUGCCUGCCCUGCUGGAGCAGCCAGCCAUCUCCAGAGACGCAGCCCUUUCUCUCCUGUCCGCACCCUGUUGCGCUGUAGUCGGAUUCGUCUGUUUGUCUGGGUUCACCAGAGUGACUAUGAUAGUGAAAAGAAAAAGAAAAAGAAAAAAGAAAAAAGAAAAAAAAAAAAGGACGCAUGUUAUCUUGAAAUAUUUGUCAAAAGGUUGUAGCCCACCGCAGGGAUUGGAGGGCCUGGAUAUUCCUUGUCUUCUUCGUGACUUAGGUCCAGGCCGGUGCAGUGCUACCCUGCUGGGACAUCCCAUGUUUUGAAGGGUUUCUUCUUCAUCUGGGACCCUGCAGACACUGGAUUGUGACAUUGGAGGUCUAUGACAUUGGCCAAGGCCUGAAGCACAGGACCCGUUAGAGGCAGCAGGCUCCGACUGUCAGGGAGAGCUUGUGGCUGGCCUGUUUCUCUGAGUGAAGAUGGUCCUCUCUAAUCACAACUUCAAGUCCCACAGCAGCCCUGGCAGACAUCUAAGAACUCCUGCAUCACAAGAGAAAAGGACACUAGUACCAGCAGGGAGAGCUGUGGCCCUAGAAAUUCCAUGACUCUCCACUACAUAUCCGUGGGUCCUUUCCAAGCCUUGGCCUCGUCACCAAGGGCUUGGGAUGGACUGCCCCACUGAUGAAAGGGACAUCUUUGGAGACCCCCUUGGUUUCCAAGGCGUCAGCCCCCUGACCUUGCAUGACCUCCUACAGCUGUAAGGAUGAGGCCUUUAAAGAUUAGGAACCUCAGGCCCAGGUCGGCCACUUUGGGCUUGGGUACAGUUAGGGACGAUGCGGUAGAAGGAGGUGGCCAACCUUUCCCAUAUAAGAGUUCUGUGUGCCCAGAGCUACCCUAUUGUGAGCUCCCCACUGCUGAUGGACUUUAGCUGUCCUUAGAAGUGAAGAGUCCAACGGAGGAAAAGGAAGUGUGGUUUGAUGGUCUGUGGUCCCUUCAUCAUGGUUACCUGUUGUGGUUUUCUCUCGUAUACCCAUUUACCCAUCCUGCAGUUCCUGUCCUUGAAUAGGGGUGGGGGUACUCUGCCAUAUCUCUUGUAGGGCAGUCAGCCCCCAAGUCAUAGUUUGGAGUGAUCUGGUCAGUGCUAAUAGGCAGUUUACAAAGGAAUUCUGGCUUGUUACUUCAGUGAGGACAAUCCCCCAAGGGCCCUGGCACCUGUCCUGUCUUUCCAUGGCUCUCCACUGCAGAGCCAAUGUCUUUGGGUGGGCUAGAUAGGGUGUACAAUUUGCCUGGUUCCUCCAAGCUCUUAAUCCACUUUAUCAAUAGUUCCAUUUAAAUUGACUUCAAUGAUAAGAGUGUAUCCCAUUUGAGAUUGCUUGUGUUGUGGGGUAAAGGGGGGAGGAGGAACAUGUUAAGAUAAUUGACAUGGGCAAGGGGAAGUCUUGAAGUGUAGCAGUUAAACCAUCUUGUAGCCCCAUUCAUGAUGUUGACCACUUGCUAGAGAGAAGAGGUGCCAUAAGGCUAGAACCUAGAGGCUUGGCUGUCCCACCAACAGGCAGGCUUUUGCAAGGCAGAGGCAGCCAGCUAGGUCCCUGACUUCCCAGCCAGGUGCAGCUCUAAGAACUGCUCUUGCCUGCUGCCUUCUUGUGGUGUCCAGAGCCCACAGCCAAUGCCUCCUCAAAACCCUGGCUUCCUUCCUUCUAAUCCACUGGCACAUCAGCAUCACCUCCGGAUUGACUUCAGAUCCACAGCCUACACUACUAGCAGUGGGUAAGACCACUUCCUUUGUCCUUGUCUGUUCUCCAGAAAAGUGGGCAUGGAGGCGGUGUUAAUAACUAUAGGUCUGUGGCUUUAUGAGCCUUCAAACUUCUCUCUAGCUUCUGAAAGGGUUACUUUUGGGCAGUAUUGCAGUCUCACCCUCCCGAUGGGCUGUAGCCUGUGCAGUUGCUGUACUGGGCAUGAUCUCCAGUGCUUGCAAGUCCCAUGAUUUCUUUGGUGAUUUUGAGGGUGGGGGGAGGGACAUGAAUCAUCUUAGCUUAGCUUCCUGUCUGUGAAUGUCCAUAUAGUGUACUGUGUUUUAACAAACGAUUUACACUGACUGUUGCUGUACAAGUGAAUUUGGAAAUAAAGUUAUUACUCUGAUUAAACAAAA